UCCCCUCUCAUUAGGCAUGGUAUUGAUUGCCGUUGACGAGGAGCGAGGGCCUCAGGUGUACAAGACGGACCCGGCCGGCCAUUACUGUGGCUACAGGGCAGUCGGUGUUGGUCCCAAACAGACCGAGGCCAAUAACUACAUGGAGAAGAAGAUACGCAAGAAACCACAGUGGAGCUACGUGGAGACUGUCGAGACGGCCAUCAUGUGUCUGUCCAGUGUCCUGUCUGCAGACUUCAAGUCCAGUGAGAUUGAGAUUGGUGUCGUCACUAAAGACAACACAAAAUUCAGGACUCUCUCAGUGGAGGAAAUUGAUGAGAGAUUGGCAGCUAUUGCAGAAAGGGACUAGUGUUAGCCUACACUCUAGACUGACAGUUGUUCAUUGUGUCGUGUAUUAUACCUGCUGUUACCCGAUUGCACAUGUGAUUGCACGUGCACACACAUUGCACAAGCAUAAUUUGUGGUGCAGCCAGAUAA